AUUAUGAUAUUUAUCAUUUAAAUCUAAUGGGAAAAUAUAGGUAUUCAAUGAAUAGAUUAUCAACAAGUUCAAAAUUUCUAUUGCCUGUCAUCUAAAUGAAGGUUCAGAAAUGUCUGAAGAGGAAUAUGAAGAAGUAAGCAGCAGAACGAAAAAAACGAAGUCAGUUUUGAGUACACCAUUGAGAUUGAUAAUUAUUGAGCCGAGGGGCAGGUACUGCAGGGCGGUGUGGUGUGCCAUUGGGUUAGGAGUUGUUCAGCUGACCCUGGGAGCCACAAACAUGGCAGUUUUAAUAUACACUUUGAAAACGAAAGAUAUGCAUGCAAUUUUAUGCAUGGUUGCGUACCAUUUCUUCGCAGCACAAGCUAUAUUGAGUUUAAACUACGCCAACGGUUGGUCUACACCAAUGCGGUUACGUCACAGGCGCCUAGCUCACGUCCUGCUGCAGAUGUGUGGAAUGGCCGCUGCGAUAACGGGAACAGUGCUGAUCACAAUUUCAAAAGGCUUCUCCACAAGUCCUCAUGGUAUAACAGGCGUGGUGACCGCUGUACUUGCACUCAUAUCGUUAAUUUUAGGACCCUUAGCCUUAUUUGGAGGACGGUAUUUGAAAAUCAUUCAUGCGUCAUUUGGAAUUCCUACUUUUAUUAUGUCUUCAAUAUGUCUGUGUCUUGGCCUGUUUACAUCUAGAUUUCAAGAUUGGGCGUCAUCAACUGCAGUUUAUAUUUUAACAGUUUUUGUAAUUUUUUAUACUUGCUUUAUAAUGAUAGCAUCGUUUAUAAAGUGUACUAUGAGAAUGCUCUCUGUGAUCGGGGUACUUUCUUGCGCCGCUUCUUCUCUCUCAGAGCGCCAUUUGUUUCCGAAGCGGUAG